AUGGCGCCAUCUAGUCCACGCAAGUCAAUUGACAGCCUGGCGUCAGGCGCAUCGACGCCGUCACUGUCGCAUUAUUCUACUUCCCAGCUAGAGUCUCCGCGGGUUCCCCCUCAGCGUUACCCCCUGAGGAGGGGGUCCACAGCGAGCUCAAUCGUGAGCAUUGGAGGCAUCCUGGACACUUCUCAGCACCAUGGCUCCAUUGCAGAGUCUGGACAAAAUGUAACCUUGACGAAUAUCGCUCAUGUGGAUGCCAAAGCAUUUCAACCGUAUCUGUCGCAAGUGGGCUCCUUGUACGAUGUUUUCCAACAGUCGAAAGAAGGCACUGGGGAGGACGCUCAAGCCUCGCCAGGCUUCAAAUCUCCGAAACCGGAUGAUAUGGAAUCGUUAAUGCCAUGGAGUCCCGAGCGCAGAUCUUCGGUUAUGUCGACUGGCUCACAACCAACAUCUCCCUAUGAUCCUCGCGGCCGACGUCCAUCGGGAGCCCGUGGCCGUGCGCCUGCCGUGACCCCCCUGUCUACAAUCCCGCCAGUCUAUUUUGAGGAGGAUUUCCACUUGGAAAAUCCGCGCACAUUUGAUGUCAUCUCAGAGAAGUCCGAGGUGGUCAAACCCCCGCGACCACCAAACAAGGACGAUAAGCACGCCAAUGGAGGGGCUACGGAACCAGUUCACACCGGCAGGAAAGCACUGGCAACGAAUGCGAUCCUCCAAGAAAAGCUCUCCUGGUAUAUGGAUACUGUGGAAAUUCACCUCAUUUCCUCCAUUUCCACGGCAUCCAAGUCCUUUUUCACGGCCUUGGGUUCACUCCGAGAACUGCAUGCUGAAGCGGCAGACUCUGUAAAGCGAAUUCAGGUUCUACGCAAGGAUCUGCAGAAGAUCGACAAGGAAAUGGCACUGGGUGGCUUGAAGAUUGUGAAUUUGCGGCGACGGAGAGAAAACGUGCGGAUGCUGGCGGCCGCUGUGGCUCAAUUACGCGACGUUGUAGAGUCGGUAUCUCGUUGUGAAGAACUGGUCGAGCAGGGAGACAUUGAAGAUGCUGCCGAGGAACUGGAAGAGGUAGAAAAUCUCAUGGCGGGUGAAAAGGCGUCUGAUCGUCCAGCCGAGGGCGACGAGAAGGAUCUCCCACGCAAACCCAUUGACCUGCGGGGCCUGAAGGCUCUAGAUGGAGCUUCCGAGGAUCUCGCUAUGUUACGGCAGCGCAUUGGAAUGGGAUAUGAAACUCGUUUCUUGGAUGACCUCUUAGGUGAUUUGCGAUCUCAUGUUGGCAAUGUGUCAUCUGCCGUGACAUUACAGCGAUGGGGUGCCUCGUUCUUGCGACAACGUGGCGGUCAACGCCCGGUAUCGACGGUUUCACCUGCUUAUAUGACCUUUGAUAAUGAGCUCCGGUCCCGGUUGAACACCCAGCUCACUGGACUCGCUCGAGCCCACUACACAACUGCCGCGGCCACAUCGUUCAAGACUGCCGUCCUACGAGAGAUGAAAGGUCUUAUUCGAAAACAUCUUCCCAGCUCUAGUGAUGACGACAACGAAUCCAUGAUCUCAGUUUCUACCCAUAGCGAUCGGCAACGGAGUCAGCAGGAGAAAUCUUCUAUUCUGGCACGGAACUUGCGUGCCCUUGACCCCGAUGACGCUUAUGGGAUGCUCGUGGCAGUAUAUACCGGCAUCAGUGAAUGUCUGCGUCGGCUGAGCACUCAAGUGAAGAUUCUCUUGGAUAUUGCCAGUGGAUUGGGAAGUUCUCCCGCGGCAGGCAUUAGGUCCCCCAAUCGGAGUCCCAACCCGCAAAGCCCAGACCAGAGUAUCAGGUCUCCUGAUCGUGGAUCUUCAGCUUCGGCUAUGGCCCAAGAUGAGAUCUUGCAGGUCCUGGACAUGUCAAGCCUCCUUGGUCAAGCAGUAGACAUUGCCCAGUCUCAAAUCACCAAGGUUCUAAAGGUUCGGUCAGAGCAAACUUCUCAGCUCUCGAAGGAGGAAUUCUUGAAGUACUUCACUCUCAAUCGCCUCUUUGCUGACGAGUGCGAAGCGAUAUCGGGACGUGGUGGCACUGCAUUGAAGACCAUCGUUGGCAACCAGAUCCGUGAAUUCAUUACCCGAUUCGGGGAAUCACAACGCCACCGUAUCGUCAAGGUCAUGGAUUCGGAUCGGUGGGACGCCCGGGACUUUGGUGAAUCCGAAGUCACUGUACUCACUCGUAUUCUUGACGCAAGCACCAAGGACAUCGAGGCUUGGAUGGAUGUUUCCAAGAUCUGGAUUCCAAACAGUGGAAGCGAACAGAACAAUGCAUCCGAAGCAGGCGCAGGUGCCAAUGGCUCAGCGAAGGAGAAGGUUCGCAGUGCCGUGGUCGAUGAACAGAAAUACAUCCUACCUGACUCGGCAGUGGCAAUCAUGCGCAGCAUUGAGGAAUUCGAGUUCCUCAUGGCGAACAUUCCUAGCAUGAUUCAGGACAUUUCCCCGCAACUGCUUGAGAUAUUGAAGCUCUUCAACUCACGUUCCUCGCAACUGAUUCUCGGCGCGGGUGCCACGAGGAGUGCAGGCUUGAAGAACAUUACGACUAAGCACCUUGCGCUUUCGUCGCAGGCCUUGAGCUUUGUUAUUGCUCUAGUACCGUACGUACGCGAGUUUGUCCGACGUCAUGGACAGACGAACCAGGCCAUGGCCGAGUUUGACAAGGUCAAGAGACUGUGUCAAGAGCAUCAGACCGGUAUUCAUGAGAAACUGGUUGAUAUUAUGAGCUCGCGAUCUUCCGUCCAUGUCACUGCAAUGAAAAAGAUUGACUGGGAUAACGAUUCCUCGACCGGUGUUCAUCCAUACAUGGAGACGUUGGCUAAGGAGACCGGUACUUUACAUCGGGUUCUAAGCAAGCAUCUCCCCGACAUGACUGUGGACAUGAUCAUGAUACCCGUGUUCAACAAUUACCGUGAGCAGUGGACCAAGGCCUUUGGAGAAGCAACCGUUGAGACAGAGGCUGGCAAGAAGAGGAUGCAAGCUGAUAUUGCACAACUCCAGUCUAAGCUGGCCAAAAUCGAGGGCGCCAGCAACUUUGGUGACAAGCUGCUUGAACUCGUCAAUGCAAAGCAUAUUGCCGAACCUACAACCAAAUCCGAGACUCCGGAGAAGACCGAGUCUGGCAGUGAUAAGCAAGACUCUGACAAGGGGGCUGAAUCCUCCAGCUCUUAA